UGGAAAUUGAAAAUUUUCUUCUACAAAAAAUAAAAAUAAAAAAAAAGUUUAAUUCUACUUUGAAUUUAUUCUUCUACUAUACAAAAUGGAGGCCAAGUUAGAUAGAAUAAGAAAACAAAUUAACUCCAAAUUGGACAAUCAAAAACUGGUAAAUAAGAAUUAGUUUUAUAAAAACUAACAACGAGAAAAAGAUUUACAUUAGAUCUUUCCUUCAAAACAAGAUCGUAAAUUACUAACUGGUUGAUCUAUUAUUAUAGUAUGCCCAAACUUUACUUGCUAUCGAGGAGACAAUUACUGAAAAGAAUGAACAACUCUCUCCUCUUGCUUACUUUGGUACAAUGAUGACCACUCUACAAUCUUCUCAAGGAUCUAAAGAUUUAGUGGGUGCUCUACUUUAUUUAUUGGAUGAAGUUUUUCCUUUUCUUCCCCACUCUGUCCUUCGAUCCAAAUUCAGCGAUAUUGUUUCGAUUAUUGAAAAGGUAUUUGAAGAACAUAAGGAGGAGCAACCUAUAGUUCGUUCUAUUAUUGGUUGUCUUCAAGAACUUUUAGCUUCUCAAGAUGGUCCCAAUUGGUCUAUGCCCACAACAAAAAAGGCAUACCAACAGUUGCUUAUCUUGAGUGCAAAUGCAUCACCCAAGGCACGCAAAAGGGCUCAAGAUGCUGUUCGUAAUAUCUUAUCUAGACCUCCUCCACCCACUGCUGUUCAUCCUGCAGCUGAUAUGACAGCUGAUUUCAUUCUUCGAGUCCUACAAGAAACUUCAAAAACAAAUCAGAAUGCUGCUCAACAAAUGUUGGCUUUACUUCACACUAUUGUUCCUUAUUGGCCACCUAAUAAAUUUUCUACAUUAUGUCACACUUUACUUCAACUUCCUAAAUUUAACAAUAUUUUCCUUACCAAAGCAGCCUUUGAUGUAUUUGAGGCACUUUUUGAUGCUGAAGAAAUGGAUAUGGAUUCAGAUAAAUUUACUGGAUUGCUUCGUGCUAUUUGUGAAUUAAAACCUGCAGCUAUAGACGAACGUCUUUUACCUCCUUGGCUCUUAAUUGUCAGUAAGGCCUUCCCAGCCUAUUCCAAACUCAAUGCUUAUCAAUGUGCUAACGAUCUUUCUGUUAUUUUCAACUUGAUCUUCAAUGAUUUUCAACAAGAGUCUAGAUGUCAUCGUCAAAUUGCUAACUGUCUUUGUACUUUGAUUGAAUAUUGUAUUACUGAUUCUCUUAUUGAAGAAACUGAUUCUGAGUCAAAUAACAGUUUAACAGAAAUUAUUCAAUCACUUGAAACAGGUCUUGGCGUUCAUUUCCAACCUGCUUGGACACAUAUCAUGACUGUACAGCAAGCAAUGUUUAACAAAUUAAAUCAUUACGCUGCCACGUUGAUGAAUGGUUGUGUAGCUCUUUUAGGCGAACUUCGUUUAUCACCUUCUGAAACUUAUAAAGAACAAUUAGAUAAGACCUUAGGUGUUGCUAUCUCAACCAUGGGUCCAGAAAACUUUUUACGUAUUUUACCUCUAAAUCUUGAACAAACUAAUGGACAAGUAGGACGUGCCUUCUUAUUGCCUCUCCUCAAAACAUACACAACCAAUACUACACUUAGUUACUUUGCCAAUGUCUUAGUACCCCUUGGUGAUCGACUCGCUCAGAAAGCUGAUCAAGCACGUUCCCGUGAACUUGAAAUGCAAGCCAAAAUCUAUGACACUCUCGUUAACCAAAUUUGGAGUUUAUCACCUGGUUUUUGUGAUUUACCAGUGGAUUUAGUGCGUGCUUUCAAUACAAAUGUUGCUGAACGUUUUAGUUCCUUACUUUAUACACAACCUGAGCUAAGACCUACAAUCGCUCAAGCCUUGCAGUUACUUGUUGAGAAAAAUCAAACACUUUUAAAAUCAUCCGCAGAUGACGCCCAUUUGAUGCGUGCUUAUGGUGUUACAAAAGUGGAAGCUCAGCAAAAUUUACAGCAUAUGAGUCAAUAUGCUGUUAACUACUUGGCAGUCUUCUUUAAUGUUUUUAGUCAGAUUCCAGCUCAGUUUCGUGGAUUUAUGGCAGAUGUCAUCAAAACCUAUUUAACAAUUACAAGUGCUGAGGAUAUUAAUACAACAUUUAAGAAGGUUUUAGGUAUGCUUUCUCAAGCUCUUGAAAGCACUGAGACUGUGGGUGAUUCUUCAGGCCAGUCACCAAUGUCACAUACAAUGUUGGAUUUGGCUAUUAUUAUGAUUCCUUUCUUGGAUGCUGAAUCCUGUGGUUUAUUGUAUAAUGGUACUGUAACAACUUUAUUAACUAGAGAAAAUGAUCCUGUUUUGCAAAAGAAGGGCUAUAAGGUAUUGACUCAUUUGAUGCGUGUUGCCAAUGGUCGUGAGGUCAUCCUGCAGUUCAUCGAAUCAUUACAGCAACAUCUUUUAGAGUCAACAAUCCAUUGUACAAACUCUGCAAAGAAGGAUCGUAUCAAGACAAUUAGCGAACUAGUACCUCUCUUGCCCUCUCAAGACCUUCAUUUUAUUCCUGCAGUUUUGUCAGAAGUCGUAUUAGCUACAAAAGACAAUAAUGAAAAGACCCGAGAGGUUGCUUUCGAAUUGCUAGUAUCAAUGGCUCAUAGAAUGCAACAAGGUGGCAUUGUUAAGAAUAGUCGUCUCGAAGGUCUUGAAGGUGUUCCUGAUGCACAAGCGACACUUCAAGAAUACUUUACAAUGGUGACAGCUGGUUUAGCAGGUACAACAGCGCAUAUGAUUGGUGCUACCGUUGGGGCUCUUUCACGUCUCUUCUUUGAAUUCCGUGAGCAACUUGACAUUGGAAUCACAACUGAACUCUUGCAGACAAUUCAAGUACUCGUGGGCUCUAAUAACCGUGAAAUUGUAAAGGCUGCAAUCGGAUACGUUAAGGUAUCUGUUGUAGUUUUGGAUACCGCUAUUUUACAACCCCAAUUACCACAAAUAGUUCAAUCAUUAUUGACAUGUCAACAUCAACAUAAGGCUCAUUUUAAGGUUAAAGUUCGUCAUUUGUUAGAACGAUUGAUUCGACGAUUCGGAUACGAAACUGUGGCUAAUUUGAUGCCCGAGGAAGAUAAGAAAAUGAUUGUGAAUAUUCAAAAACGACGAUUGAGAGCAAAGAGAAGAAAGCAAACAACAGUUGAAGAUAGCGAUGAUGAAAGUGGCGCUCGUGCUUUGGCUAAGAAGGGCGGUAACUUCCAAGAUGCCUACGAAGAAGUUUUAUACGGCUCUGAAAGUGAAAUUGAUGAUGAGGAUGAUGAAGAUAAUGAUAAUGAUAAUGUAACACUAAAGGCAGCUGCUACAGCCCUCAAACAACACAAGGCUAAAAAGCAACAACAAGCUGCGUUUAUUCGUGAAGGUGAUGAUGAGCCACUUGAUUUCUUGGAUCGAUCAGCUUUAGGACGUAUUUCAUCAUCUAAGCCCACAGCACGACGCACUGCUAAGAAUAUUCGUAAUGAAUUUGCUGAAGGUGAAGACGGACGUCUUGUGAUUAAUGAACCAAGUGCUAAGAAAGAAGAGGAAAGUGAAGAAGAGGCAGAAGAAGAUUAUUACAUGCAACACGUCACAAAUCCUGAUGGAUUUAUUCGUGAUAAGCGAAACAGAAUUAAAUUCAAAAAGUCCAAGAAUGGCGAUGCUAUGGAAGUGGAUGAUGAUGAUGAUGAACCCAAAUCAAAGGUUAAAAAGCCAGUUAAGAAAUAUGAAAGAAUUGGUAAAGAGUUCCGAUCAAAGAAGGCUGGCGGUGAUGUUAAGCGUAAGGGUCAAGUGGAUCCUUAUAGUUAUAUUCCUUUGAGCAAGGUGAUCAAGAAGAAGGGUAGACGCGAACAAAAGGUUACAUACACAGGCCGUGUAAAGAAAUAAUUAGAUUGUAUCCUAUAUUAGAAAUGUAUAUACUAUAUCACAAUAAAUAAAUAUUUUGCUUUUUAUAUUUGAA